UCUUACUUGAAUCCGAUGCCCUCACCAUGCUCCGCCGCCGCCGAGGCAUUCGUAGCGUAGGAAAGGCCUGGAGGCGGCAUCUCUCUUUCAAAAUCCAUUUACUCGUCAAUAUUGCUUUGCUUUGAUCGCAGAGAUUAGAAUCUCGGUGUCGAAGCGCGAAUUAUAGGUUUGAUAAGGUCACGAUUUUGCUCGAAAUGGGCGGCGCAGAAAGCGAAGGGCAGAGGGAAAACCUCGACGCUAUUCGUUCCGUCGUCUUUAAAGAAUCCGAAACCCUGGACGUGAUGAGGUUUAAGAAGAUCUCUGGCUAUGAUUUCAAUCGCGGUGUUGAUUUCAGACGGCUCAUAGAUUCCAUGGUUUUCACUGGUUUCCAGGCAUCGAACCUUGGAGACGCCGUCGAAGUCGUCAAUCAGAUGUUAGAUUGGAGGCUUUCCCAUGAGAAACCAACAGAAGAUUGCACUGAAGAAGAGUUGGAUCCUGCAUACAGAGAGUCUGUCAGAUGCAAAAUCUUUCUGGGCUUUACAUCGAAUCUAGUUUCAUCAGGUGUUCGGGAUAUCAUCCGGUUUCUUGUGGAGCAUAGAAUGGUGGAUGUUGUGGUUACAACUGCUGGUGGCAUAGAAGAGGACCUUAUAAAGUGUCUUGCACCGACAUACAGAGGUGAUUUUUCUUUACCUGGGGCGUAUCUUCGCUCUAAAGGAUUGAAUCGAAUUGGGAACCUGUUGGUUCCUAAUGAUAAUUACUGCAAAUUUGAGAAUUGGAUCAAUCCAAUUCUUGACCAAAUGCUAGAAGAACAAUUGAUGAAGAAUGUGGAUUGGACGCCGUCAAAAGUGAUUUCGCGCUUGGGAAAAGAAAUAAAUGAUGAAAGUUCGUACUUGUAUUGGGCAUAUAAGAAUCGCAUACCGGUCUUCUGCCCGGGAUUAACUGAUGGAUCUCUUGGAGAUAUGCUGUACUGUCAUGCAAUAAGAAGUGGUGGUUUGCAUAUAGACAUUGUUCAAGAUAUACGAUCCAUGAAUGGGGAAGCUGUUCAUGCUGGUAUUAGGAAGACUGGAAUGAUUAUUCUUGGCGGUGGACUUCCAAAACACCAUAUUUGUAAUGCCAACAUGAUGCGUAAUGGUUCAGAUUAUGCUGUUUUCAUUAACACCGCACAGGAGUUUGAUGGAAGUGAUUCAGGAGCCCAGCCCGAUGAAGCUGUUUCAUGGGGGAAAAUAAGAGGUUCUGCUAAAACUGUCAAAGUACACUGCGAUGCAACCAUUGCUUUCCCCUUGCUUGUUGCUGCAACAUUUGCAAGAAGGUUUGAGGAUACUUCUGCUACUGCCACCAAUAACUAGCUAGAUGAAACCACCGAGGUUAUAACUUCCCUAUGACUUCGUUUGGGACGGCUUUUUUAGUGCUUCUUGAAAAAGCUUUUUAAUAUAAAAUUUUUAAUUUUUAUGCUAAAAAAUUUAUUCAAGAAACAGUAAAGAAGUUAUCCCAAAUGAAGCCUAAAUUAAGCUUUCCUCGUCGUAUAUGUUCUUAUUUGUGACUUUGGCUAACAUUUUUAGUUAUAAGUGGCACUGUAGUGUGCCUGUUGUAGCUUUUGAGGCAGAGCUUUCAGGUGAUGGGUUGUUGAAUUAGUAUAAAACAAAACCCUUAAUUUAUCAUCUUUUGAAUGAUUGUAUUAUCAGUAUUAACAUUCUCUUUUGGUGGGAAGUGGCAACUUGUAUUGUAUAUUUAUUACUGGAUAUCUAACUCCUUGAGAUA